AUGGAAGACCAGAAAUGCAGAUCGUCUCCGACCACCGUGAUGAUUUUCUUUCUCGGUCUCGCUUGCCUUCUAAGCAUUUCACCUGCUGAUGCUGCUAUUGCAGAUGUUGACACAAGUAGCCCUUUAUCCAGUCAUAUCGUCCAGGUACGAAAGCCGACCGACAAAGAUUUCGCUACUCGGGAGGAUCUCGAUGCUUUCCAUCGGUCAUUUUUACCAACCACAGCAGCCAGCUCAAACGAAGAGCACAGAAUAGUUCACUCAUACCAAAAUGUAGUAUCCGGGUUCGCGGCCAAAUUGACCGCUGAGGAAGCUGAAGUUAUACGAGAGAAGGACGGUGUUUUGUACGUGCGUCCGGAGAAGGUGCUCUCUCUGCACACAACCCACACCCCCGACUUUUUGGGAUUGCACCAAGGAGUCGGGCUCUGGAAGGACUCGAACCUCGGUAAGGGCGUGAUCAUCGGAGUUUUAGACUCGGGGAUUUCUCCCGACCACCCUUCCUUCAGCGACAAGGGGGUGCCUCCGCCCCCGGCCAAAUGGAAGGGCAGGUGCGACUUCAACGGCAUGUCCUGCAACAGCAAGCUCAUUGGUGCGAGGUCGUAUACCGGUUCGCCGCAUGAUGAUGUCGGCCACGGCACACACACUUCCAGCACGGCUGCCGGUGCUUUCGUGAGGCGUGCCAGUGCGCUCGAUAAUGCCAAUGGCACGGCCGUGGGCAUGGCGCCUCUUGCGCAUUUGGCAAUAUACAAGGUUUGCGAUGUCUACGGGUGCCUUGAGAGCGACAUAUUAGCUGGGUUUGAGGCAGCCAUCGAGGACGGUGUGGAUGUGCUUUCCCUCUCUCUAGGAAGAACAUCCCGACCGUUCUACGAUGACGUGAUCGCCAAGGGUGCAUUUGCCGCCACCCAAAAGGGCAUCUUCGUCAGCUGCUCCGCGGGGAAUAGCGGGCCGUCCAAUGGCACGUUGUCAAACGAGGCACCAUGGAUUCUCACCGUGGGAGCGAGCAGCAUCAACCGCAACAUAACGGCCUCGGUGCAGCUUGGGAACAGGCAAGAGUUCGAUGGGGAGACCCUAUACCAACCCAACGACUUCCCUCCGAAGCUACUUCCCCUUGUUUAUGCGGGAAAAAAGGGAGAUCCAUCCUCGGCUCUCUGCCUCCCCGGAUCACUACGAGGUCGCUCAGACCUCAUAGGGAAAGUGGUUGUGUGUGAGAUCAGUGAUGGAAGAGGGCGAGUCAACAAAGGUCAAGAGGUCAAGGAUGCGGGCCGCGCGGCCAUGAUCCUCGUGAACGGUCCCCCGGAGGGAUACACCACAUUGGUCGAUGCACAUGUCCUACCCGCAGUCCAUGUGACCUACGUCGCGGGGACGGUGAUCAAGAGCUACCUAAGCACGGUGCCGGCGCCGAUGACCACGAUCCUAUUCAGAGGCACCCAUGUCGGGGGAUUGGCUGCCCCGGCUGUAUCAUUCUUCUCUUCCCGCGGCCCCAACAUCCAAAGCCCCAGCAUCCUCAAACCGGGCAUCAUUGGCCCAGGCGUGAACAUCCUUGCCGGUUGGCCAUUUCCUUUAGAUAAAUCCACAAGCAAGGAGAACCCAUUCAACGUGAUCUCCGGGACCUCUAUGUCCUGCCCCCACCUCAGUGGCGUGGCUGCGCUGCUCAAGAGUGCAAACCCCGACUGGUCUUCGGCUGCCAUCAAGUCUGCCAUCAUGACCACCGCCGCCACCUCCAACAUGGCGCACCAUCCCAUCGUCGACCAGAUGCUCCAUCUGGCGGACAUUUUUGCCACCAGCGCAGGACACGUCAACCCAUCAAAAGCCGUCGACCCGGGUCUCAUUUAUGACUUUGGACCGCAAGAUUACAUCGCUUAUCUUUGUGGGCUUGACUACACUGACUCGGAAAUCGAGAUCAUAGUUCCAAAGAAAGUCACAUACUCGAGCAUAAAAAGCAUACCCGAUUACCAGCUCAACUAUCCGUCGAUCAGCGUGAUGUUCGAGGGUUCGGUGACGAAGGUGAGCGUGACAAGGACGGUGAGGAACGUUGGACCCGCGAAGUCGCAUUACCGGUCGGUCAUCGACCCGAUCAAGGGUCUGGACUCAAUUGGCGUGUACCCGGGUGAUCUGGUGUUCACGGAGGCGAACCAGACAGCGAGUUACAGGGUUGACUUUACAAGGAGAGUUGGCUGGAAGGCGACGGCGACGACCCCGUUCGCCCAGGGGGCGAUCACGUGGGUCUCUGCUCGGCAUUCGGUUCGAACGCCUGUCGUUGUUGUGUUUUAA